AUGAAUUACACUCCAAUGGAUGAAAGUCAGUUGCAACACCAGCACCAGAACCAAGUUGCUACUGUGUUAUGUUGUAACUGUGGUACCCCAAUAGAUGGGUCUCAAGGUUUGGUUAUGUGUUACGACUGUAUCAAGCUGACUGUUGAUAUUACAGAAGGUAUUCCAAGAGAAGCUAAUGUUUCUUUCUGUAGAAAUUGUGAAAGAUUCUUGCAACCACCAGGACAAUGGAUUAGAGCUGAAUUAGAAUCAAGAGAACUAUUGGCUUUAUGUCUGCGUCGUUUGAAAGGUUUGAAUAAAGUUAGAUUAGUUGAUGCAUCAUUUAUUUGGACCGAACCCCAUUCUAGACGUAUUAGAGUCAAGUUAACCGUCCAAGGUGAAGCUAUGGCUAAUACUAUUAUUCAACAAACUUUUGAAGUCGAAUAUAUUGUUGUUGCUAUGCAAUGUGCUGACUGUGCUAGAUCAUACACGACUAACACCUGGAGAGCUACUGUCCAAAUCAGACAAAAAGUUGCUCACAAAAGAACUUUCUUAUACUUAGAACAAUUGAUUUUGAAACAUAAUGCCCAUAUUGAUACAAUUUCUAUUACUGAAACAAAGGAUGGUCUUGAUUUCUUCUAUUCACAAAAAAAUCAUGCAGCUAAGAUGAUCGAUUUUUUAAACUCCGUUGUUCCAAUUAAAUGUAAGAAAUCUGAAGAAUUAAUAUCUCAAGAUGUACAUACCGGUUCUUCUACAUAUAAAUUCUCGUUCUCUGUUGAAAUUGUACCAGUAUGUAGAGAUGACUUAGUUGUUUUACCAAAGAAGUUAGCUAAGUCUUUAGGUGACAUUUCUCAAUUUGUUUUAUGUUCAAAGAUUUCCAAUUCUGUUCAAUUCUUGGACCCAACCACUUUACAAACAGCUGAUCUAUCUGCUAAUGUUUACUGGAGGACUCCAUUCAAUACAUUAGCAGAUGCAUCUCAACUGGUUGAAUUCAUUGUUUUAGAUGUGGAACCAAUUGGUGUAACUAAAGGUAAAAAAGUUUUGGCUGAUAUAACUGUUGCAAGAGCUACUGACUUAGGUGUAAAUGAUCUAACGUAUUAUACAAGAUCUCAUUUAGGUGCUAUUUGUCAUGCAGGUGAUACAGUUAUGGGUUACUAUGUCGCAAACUCUAAUUACAAUUCUGACCUAUUUGAAACUUUGAAAUUUGAAUAUGUUCCUGAUGUUGUAUUAGUUAAGAAACUAUACCAAAGAAAGAGUAGAAAGAAUAGAAACUGGAAGUUGAAGAGAAUGGCCAAGGAACAUAAGGAUAUCGAAGCCUCUCAAGAUUACAGUUCAAGAGCACAAAAACAAGAUAUUGAACGUGCUGAAAGAGAUUACGAAUUGUUCUUACAAGAAUUAGAAGAAGAUCAAGAAUUAAGACAAACCAUUAAUCUGUAUAAGAGUCAAAAACAAGAACAAGAAGAACAUGAAAUGGAAGAAGAAGAAGAUGCUGAUGCUCCAGCUAUAGACAUCGAUGAAUUGUUAGAUGAAUUAGAUGAAAUGACAUUAGAUGAUAACCAAGGUGACGAAGGCAUGGCAACUAAGGCAAACAUGGAAAGCAUGUGA